GACAUCUAAACAAACCCCGCGUCCAGAGUGCGAUUUCUGUGCGGAUAAACCGGAAAUGGAUCCCGGUAAAAAGCUAUCGCUACGGGAGAAGAUUUUCAGCAAAUUGUCGAAAAAAUCGGAAACGUCCAACAACUCUGUGCACAUUCUAAGCACAAGCAAGGAUACUUGUAUACCACCGCCAUCGGAAGCAGCAGAAGAAUCUGAUGAUCUGUUUGCCGUCGAAAGUGACUCGGACGGUUCCGGAAGCAGUGUCGGGGAUCAUCUGGUCAGCUUGGAGGACAUCGAUUUGGAUUCGGAGUUUUUCAGUCAGCAAGUGCAGCCAAUGAUGGGUGCCGAAAACGGCGACGAUUCGUCGGUAGUUUUGGCGCGAAACUCUGAACCGGAAGUGAGUACCGUUGAGCGGAUGGAAUCGGACAGCGACUCAGAUGGAGAGGAGGCGGUGAAUAUAAUUUUAACCCAAUUAGUUGAUUAUGGACGCAGUCAGGAGGAGGCGAGAAAGUUUUUCGAGAAUUAUGAUUGUAAAUCUCAGGAGUUAUGUGACCGGAAGCAGAUUGAAGUUGCGGACGCUUUGCAUGAGGCGGAAAAUCUUAAAAUGAUAUCCAGCGCGAAGCUAGAAGUUUCCGAUGAAGAGUGGCAACAUGUCGAAAAUCUCAGCGAUGAUGAUGGAAAGGACGUUGAGGUGAUCGUUAGUCAACAGAUCAGUAAGGCUGGCGGGAAAGUGAUCGACGUCGAUGCGCAGCUGAGGCGAUUGCUCCAAAGUGAGAAACGGGAAAAGCAAUUGCAGCUGCACAAGACACACUUGCUGUGUCUACUUGGCAAUGGUUUUCAUUUGAACAGGACAAUAAACAGUUUGGUUAGUUCUAAUUCUGAUGAACUUUUUCGAAUUUUGGAACAUUUUGAUGUCGAUACACCAGAUGAAACCGAAAUGGACUACCUGGUUACGAUAUGUGAUAUCUUUAGAAGUAUAAGCAACAUAUCAGAAACAUCACGUGCAAUUUUCAAAACUUAUCUUAAUUUACAUUCACAAGCUUCUGUAUUACUGCUUUUGAUAGCUAUUUUAAGAUUUCUGUCGAUAGAGGCUAGAUUGGUAAUGCACCUAAAUGUGAUAUCAAAAGCACCAAUUCACACCAAAGAAAAGAUUCGACCAUCACAAUCCCAGAAGAGCUCGAUUCAUACAUUGAAAUCCAUAGAACCGCUUCCGCCGGACCGAUACAAAAACGUCCCGUUGACCACCGCGGAAAUUCUAAAGCAGAAACCAGAGUUUGUGAACUUCUCGCAAAUUCCACAAAUAGAUGGCGCUGCUGAUGACUGUGGCGAGCAACAGCAACGACAUCUUUUGGAUCAACCACCGAUGGAUCAUAAACCAAGCCUGUGGAAGCUGAAACUCAAACAGCCUGUAGACAUGCGGUCCAAGUUAAACAGUCAUGCCAGAAAACGCAAACCCAAAUCUUCAGAAACCACAUCGAGAUUUUUCAACCAACCCAAACCCAGAAAGGUUCAGAAGAGGGCGACCGAAGAUUCCAAAUUUCCUCUCGCACCCAUCGAAAGUCCAACCCACUGGAUGGAAGUGUUUGUUCCAGCCCAGAAACGCUGGGUUCCGGUGGACAUCCGGUCUGGUAGGGUGGACUGCCUGGAUGACAUCGUUCGGCACCUACCACAACCGGUUGCGUACGUUUUCGGGUGGAGUAACGAUGGUACGAUGCAGGAUGUUAGCGGACGGUAUUGGUGGCCCAACGAGAUGGGUUCCCGGAGGCUGCGAGUUGGGGACAAGUGGCUACGAGAGGUGAUCCGGUACUUUGGCAGACGCCGCAAGAUGAUGCAAGACCUGCUGGAUGAGCAGGAAAUACGGCAGUUAAGAUUUCGUGCUCCUGUUCCGGACAAGGUUUCAGACUUCAAAAACCAUCCUUCGUACUGUCUGAAGCGCGAUCUGCUCAAAUUUCAAGCAAUCUAUCCGCCGGAUGCGCCUCCACUGGGAUACUUCCGCGAUGAGCCGAUUUACGCGCGUGAAUGCGUCCACACGUUGCAUUCGCGCGAAGUUUGGCUUCGUCACGCCAAGGUCAUCCGGUUGCACGAGUCACCGUACAAAGUGGUGAUGUCCAAGCUGAAGCGCGAGAAAACCGAACUGGAACUGUUCGGCUAUUGGCAAACGGAGGACUACGUUCCGCCGGAGGCCGUCGGGGGGCGCGUUCCGCGAAAUGCCUACGGAAAUAUCGAAAUUUUUAAGGAUUGCAUGCUGCCACGGGGGACUGUGCAUCUGAAGCUUAAGUUGGUUUUUCCUAAAUUCAAGACCAACAAUUGAAAAGGCCGCAUCAACAUUUUAAAUCAACAUUUCCAAGACGUGCCGGAAAUUGAACGUGGACUACGCCAUUGCAGUGGUUGGAUUCGGUAUUCACGCUGGAGGUAACCAUCCGGUAUUCGAAGGCAUUGUAAUUUGCAAGGAGUUUGAACAGCAAGUGCUAGCACAAUACGAAACAGAUCAGCAGGAACAGGUCAGGAGACAACACGAAAAACGAAAAAAGAGGAUCUACGAUAAUUGGAGAAAGUUGAUCAGGGGGUUACUUGUAAGGAGUAGACUACAGAAUAAAUACAAUUUCGACAGUUUGUGAUGCAUAAAAGUUUGAGUAUUGAAAAAAGAACAUAUAAACAUACAA